AAGACGCAAUUUAUUGUCGACGGGAUUGGACAUGGUAGUCAAUGGUAGUGUUGUUUACUGUUGUGUGGUGUUUGCCUUGCUUAGGUCGUUGAUAAAAUGGAUCUUUAUGGCGUAAUUGCUCUUCCUAUUGGUUGAAAAAUACUCCUAGGAUGAAAAGGAUGCUUUGUUACUGCGCGGGCGCCUGCCCAGAUGGCGCAGUCAACAACACCUGUGUGACACUUCCAAACUCCUGGUGUUUCGCCGCCGUGAGGGAGACCAUUGAUGAACGCACUGGCGGUAGGGUCCCAGAGAGGACCUACGGGUGCUUGCCGCCUGGCGAGACCGGCUAUAUGCAGUGUAAGAGCGCCAACAGCCCGUUCGCCGUGCCCACCACCAUAGAAUGCUGUCGGGAUAGGGACCACUGUAACCGAGACCUGAAGCCCAUGUACGUGAUACGAACGGACGACGAGGACCUCACCAGCGAAUAUGUCGGAUAUAAUGCCGCCGUCCACCAGAUGGCUCUGCUUGUCUCCGUCACGCUAUGUCUGGCCGUGUUUAUCGGUAUCGUGGCCUGGAUGUAUCUGAGGUACCGUAAGCGACUCGAGCAGCGUGACUCUGCCGUCCCCUCUCCCGACUACGAGUCGCUGAUGCCUCCUGGUCUGGGUAUGACUGCCGGUCUGGCCGAGACCAGUAGCGGGAGCGGAUCCGGUAAACCAUUCCUGGCUCAGCGCACUAUCGCCCGUGAGAUAGCCGUCGGUGAGAUAGUGGGCCAGGGGAGAUACGGUCUGGUGAAGCGGGGAGCCUUCCAGGGCCAGCCAGUGGCCGUUAAAGUGUUCUUCUCACUCGAAGAGGCCUCCUGGCAACGGGAGAAGGAUGUCUAUGAGACGUGCCGGCUGCAACAUCCUAAUGUGCUCGGUUUUAUCGCCGCCGACAUCACCUCUGGGGGCGGUAUGCGCGGCUGUACGGAGAUGUGGCUGAUCACCGAGUACCACUCCCACGGUUCACUGUACGACUACCUCGGCUCGCACGUACUGCAGCCGUUGGAUGCGCUCAGAAUGAGCCUCUCAAUCGUUCAGGGUCUGGAUUACCUUCACAAGGAGGUGAUUGCCGCGGCCAUCCGUCCUGCGCUAGCCCACCGAGACAUCAAAUCCAAGAACGUCCUGGUGAAGUCGGACGGAGAGUGCUGCAUCGCUGACUUCGGCCUGGCCGUCAUGUACUUCAACUGCGGUGAGAAGCGCGACCUGGACGUAGCCUCGACUCGCCAGGGCACCCGCCGCUACAUGGCUCCGGAGGCGCUGGACCAGACCCUCAACGUGAACAGCUUCGAGGCGUUCAAACAGGCGGACAUGUACUCCCUGGCCCUGGUCAUGUGGGAGAUAACCAGACGGAGUGCCACGGGAGACAAGAUGCGCGAUUACGAACCGUAUGCGGUGCCCUACGCCGGGAUGGUGCCAGCCGACCCGAGCUUUGACGAUAUGCAUCAGCUGGUCUGUGAGAAGCAAGUGCGGCCUCCCAUUGCGGAGAGAUGGAGCAAGUCGCAGGCGCUGACGAAAUUGGCGCGAAUCAUGCGCGACUGUUGGCGCCAGAAACCAGGCGCCCGUCUGCGCGCUCUCACCGUCAAAAAGCACCUGAUCACCGCGCUGAAGAACGAGCUACACGCCGUCACCACAGCCGGAGUCCACCUGUAGCGUGGGUUCGAAUCCAGGCGACGACAAAAAACAUCGCGAGUGUGUGGGUUCGAAUCCCGACGGCGACAAAAGUUUUAUCGCACUCGAGCGGCGGAAGAGAGUGUGACAAGUGCGAAAGGAGGCAUGAGUAGUGAAUCCGUGAGAUGAAAGUGGUCAUAAGUUUUGACGAAUGGCUCGACGGUCGGCGAAUCCACUCGUGCGUUCAAGCGCACAUGUGCGCGUAUGAGCGUACUUGCUUACUUCGGCGAGCGUGUGUUUGCGUGUUAGUGGCCAUAUUGAAGGGCAUGUCACUCCUACUGAGUGGACAUUUGUGAGAAAAUCAAAUCUGGACGCUGGUUCUCACUCAUUGCGCCAGAGAUAAUGCUUCCAGUCUCCCAGAAGACUAAUGGCGUCAUUGUUCGUGGCGUCAGAGUUCAUCACAUAGGACGUCCAAAUGGGCCGGUCGUGACGUCAUACUUCGCCUCAGCUGUCCGAGAGGUGGAUGUCACGGAAAAGUCGGCGCCUCGUGGGAUUUGAACCUGCUUCCGAGGAGAGUAUCGCCUUUGCAUCGUGCGCCAUUCAGUGCUGAGGAGACUGAUGCGAUGGAUAUAUUUGCGCCGUUUUGCUGUAUAUUGCCAAUGUAGACAGAGCAUGUGCAGCAGCUGCGGCCCGAGUUUAGCGCAGCAAAUCCUGUUUGUACAUCGUUUAGUAUUGAUAGCUUUGUCUUUCUUCGGAACUCGAUUGUUUGCCGACUUGUCUGUUCAGUGAAGAAACUGUUCGCGAGACGCGUAAGCGGCAGUAGUGGCUACACCUAAUUUUGCUGAUGCUCGUUCCUGAUUGGUUAGCAAUCGCUAAUCGAACGAGCCACGAAUAGAGCUGCUUGAUUCAGAGUUUUAGCUUUAGCGACAGCGUGUACCUUCAUUUACAUUUACGUGCUACCUUAGACACCGUAGGGCGUUUUAUACCGGCCUUAUGCCACUGCAUACACUUAGUUCCCGGUCUGUAGUUGUCAGACUCCGCCCUGCAGCAUGUGUGUACGGUUAACAUUGAUCUGUGACGCCACAUCCAGCGGCCAUGGCCGCCGUACGGUAAAUAACCCUCUCGCCGAUGCCGCUACCUGCGUUGUUGCGCUACGGUUAAUGUUGCAUUCGUACCCCGUCGUGCGACGUUGUUCUAUACGACGAAACCAGUGCCAAUCCGCGAUCCGAGUCGCCUAUGUGUGCGUGUGCGCGUUAGUAUGCGUGUGAGUUGCGUGAGUCUGACAAGUGCCAUCCCCCCAAUCGCGAUCGGACUCGGCUCUUGUGCACGUGUCGUCCCGUCGUGUACGUACAAAUUUUGUACUCGGAUUUUGUACCCGCAGACCGCCGAAGUAAUAAUUGAUAGACCUAUCUGGGCGGUCGCCGCGCGCGCGCGAGGCGUUUUAAAGACGAGACGUGUCCCAAGAUGGCGAGGAGAAUACGGAAUAAUAUAUUGCGCCGCCGCGA